AAGAGAUUACCGUUCUAUAUUUCUAUGUUCAUACCGGUUCCGUAUAUAAGCUGAGCAAUCUCUUGAAAGAGUUCACUUUGAAUUGAGCUAGAUACAGAAACAGGUAUCUCUCGAGCAAUCAAUCAAAAAAUGGGAAAAUUCAUCGUACUCCUUUGCUUUGCGCUCCUGGCAAUGACUUUAGUCAUGGCCUGCAGCCCUCCCGGGAUGCUGUGCGCAUCUGACGAUGAAUGUUGCGGUGCAUUUGUAUGUAACCCAUGGGCUAAUAGAUGCACUGGAGGACCGGGAAUGGGACCUGAUGGUCCAUGGGGAAUAGAAGGACCAAGAGGCGCGGGAGCACCAUGGGGAGGAGCCCAACAAUAAUCAAAAAUAUCUCGCCUUGGACGUCACUCUUACGUUGCAUCGAACUACGAUCUUAUCUUGAAUUUAAUUUAAAGAAACAUUAGAAUACAUCAAUUAUACUAAUUGGAGAUAUACGCUUGCUUAGUCAUUAGAAAUAGCAAAAUAUUUUUAUGUCCUAAUGACUAAAAAUUUUUUAAUUAAAUUCGGAUUGAUUUGUAACAGCAAAAAUAAUUUUUAUUCUGAUAAUAAUAUUUAUCUAUGAGAAUAAGAAUGUAUUCAUGUUUUUAUGUUAAACAUAGGUAUAUAUUCCGUUGUGAAUUAUAAAAUAAAUAGCUGUGAUGGUCAACCGAUGUAAUUAAUAAACAAAAAAUCAUACAAUA